AUGGCGUCCGUAUAUCGCUUUUUGCCAACCCCUCAUGAGUUUUACGCUGAAUUACAAGAACGUGCCGACCUUGCUGAGGCCAGGCGUCACCAGCGGUUUUUGGCUGUGUUAUUGUUACAACGUAUGACUAGAGGAUAUCUUAUAAGAAAGCAUGUAGCUUGGUUAUCACAUAAUGCAACUACGAUUCAAUGUGCUUUUAGAAUACAUAGGGCACGAAAGGCGUAUCGCGCCGCACUGAGACGUGCCGUGCGAAACAAACAUGGAAGACACUACGCUCGUGCUGCUACUAAAAUUCAGGCUUUAUGGCGAGGGCAUUACUCGAGAAGAACAAAAUUCUGUUACCGGUCGUACAGAAAAUGGUUGGCUUUAGUUAAAGAACGUGGUGAAAGACGAGCAGCCGAAGCCGCUGAAUUUGGCAUAAGGAGUCGAGCUGAUGACUUACAAAUUCUAGAAGAAGAAGCGAGGCAGUGGCUCGCAUUCGUUGUUUUUAAACUACAUCAUCUACUUCGAACAGCAGUUUGCGCCGGUGUAUAUUCUGAACCCGCUACGACAGAAUUGUCAGAUUUUGAAAAGCUGCUUAAAUCCAUUCAUUAUACUGAAUACAUGAGGAGGCUUAAGCGUAAGUACAACGAAUUUGUAAGAAAAUUCCGACCGAGAUUUUGUAAUAAGAGAUUAUUCCCUAUAAUUGGAGACGGAGCUGAUUACUGGUAUUUAUCGUUGCCUGAAAUGUAUGAAUUGACGAUACCGCUUCCUAAGCAACGAGAUACGAGGCACAUCGCUACCCAUCAUGGCCCGCAACAUAAACAACCGUUUCUGUGGCGGAAGGUGAGGCCAACGCUUGACGAUGGACGCGGACCUUUCACGUUACCGAAAUCUCCUGCGACUUGUACCCCGCCGCCUCCAGCUCCGACACCCAGCGGUGAUACAGUUGAAAUUAAACCAUACAAAGACCCUCGUUUCCAUCUUUAUGUAAAACAUUACACCCCACAGCCAGAUCUAUUUGAGUAUGUCGACUAUCACAUAAACGUUCUCCUUACCAGAAAAUGUUCCAUACAAAAUAUAGACAGUGAAAAGUAA